GCUUGAACUCAGGGGAAACUGCAAGAGGUGGCUGCUACUCUGGAUUCUUAUGAUCUUUCACACUGAGUGUCCCUUCCUGCAGAGUGUGAGGGGGACGGGUUCCCGAGUAGUUACGGAUCCAGGGAUUCCAUCAUCAGGGCUGGUGAAAAGAGAGACUGGAAAAGACGAAGGCGUGGGCAGUUAAAGCGGAUUGACAGCUGCAGCAGCUGGGAUCAGGGCCACAUCAGUGUUGAGGCUGGCCCAGAGAAGCAGCAGCCUGAGUUCGGACUGAGUGGAGGUGCAGCCAUGCGCUGCUCCACCCUGCUCAUCAUCCUCACGGGAGUGCUUCUGUACUUGGUGCUGGGAGCCGUAGUGUUCCGUGCCCUGGAGGCUCCACGAGAAGAGAGCAAGCACACACAUCUGCAGGACAUGCGCCGGGACUUCCUGUUAAAUUUCUCCUGCAUCGACUCAGAAAACCUGGGGGCCCUUAUAGAGGAGGUGGCGGACGCUAUCGGUGCAGGUGUGGAUCCCACAGGCAACACCUCAUAUACCAGUAGCUGGGAUUUAGCCAGUGCCUUUUUUUUCUCAGGGACCAUCAUCACAACCAUCGGUUUUGGAAACAUCUCUCCAAAAACGGAAGGAGGGCAGUUGUUCUGCAUUUUUUACGCCCUGGUGGGAAUCCCGAUGUUUGGUAUCCUGCUCGCUGGAGUUGGAGACCACCUGGGUACUGGACUUAGGAAAACUGUUGCCAAAAUAGAAACUCUCUUCCUGAAAUGGAGGGUUAGUCCCACCAUUGUGCGUGUGAUCUCAGCCGUCCUGUCCAUCCUGCUGGGUUGCCUUCUCUUUGUUGCAGUGCCUAUCCUGGUUUUCCAAAAGGUGGAAAAAUGGUCUCUUCUGGAAUCUGCCUACUUUGUAGUUAUUACCUUGACGACCGUGGGCUUUGGUGACUAUGUUGCAGGGGAUUCUGCAAAAGAUAGGGAUGAGCAGUGGUACAAGCCUUUGGUGUGGUUCUGGAUCCUGCUGGGUCUUGCAUACUUUGCAUCUAUCCUGACAAUGAUCGGGAACUGGCUCCGGGUUCUAUCAAAGAAGACCAGAGCUGAGAUGGAAGAACUGCGAGCUCAUGCCACUGACUGGACUCAGAACAUCCAGAAUAUGUCUGUGGACUUUCGGAUUCCAGGAAAAAUUGAUGACCCCUUCAAGAGGCGCCGCCGAAAGCGCCGCCAUGGCCCUCGAAGUCAUGGUCACAGUGUGUCAGGUACUGGGGCCCCUGAAAGAGAAGAACAUCAAGAUGAAAGCCAAACAGAGUCUGGAUCUUACUCCUCUACAUCCUCCUCCUCUAACGAAUCAGGAUCUGGAUCAGAAACAGAUUCUCAGGGAACCCAAACGGACAGAGUUCCUGAGGAAAAAAUUGCAGAGCCUAAAAAGGAGGAGACUCCUCCGGACCCCCACUUGUCUCAACCUCUGGACUACUUUGGAGAAAACCUUGCCUUUAUUGAUGAGUCCUCCGAUGCUCAGAGUGGUAAACUACAUUUGGAUCCUCUGCUUGAUCCAACACAAGCCAACCCUCGUCAGGCAAAGAGGAGACGCCACAGACGACCUGUUCAACAGAGAGGAUCCAACAAUAACAAGAAGCAGCCAAACGGAAACCCCAAACCAGUUCCAGAUCUGCCAAUAAAGCCUUAAAACUGACACUUUAAAAAAUUAAACUUAUUGACUAUUGUUGACAGAAUGCUCUAAUGGUUGCUAUUUCUUUAUGUGAAUGAGCGGCUUCCUACAGACAGUUAAGAUGAAAACAUGAUGCUAAAACCUUGUAGCCAUUUGUGGUUUGCACUUAAAUUUUCCUCUUUGCAUGUGUGUAUGCCUCAAAGAUGCAGAAAUACCUUUCAUACCAGUGUUUUCAUUACUUAGUGAGGAGUUACUGCCUUCUACUGGGCUAACACUGUAUUGCAUUUUUAAUCUGUCAAAAUUUACCAUCUUGUUACUAAUCCAGGUAGAGUGGCCAAAAUCCCUGGGUGGGGUCAACUUGCCACAUCAGCAUGAUGCUUAUGCUGGUGAGAGAAAGCUCAUGUUUGACACAGUUACUCUUGAAUCCUGCCAACAAUAAAACGGGUCCUAAACAUGCUCUAAACUAUAGAUUCCUCCUGGUAUGUUGCCUUUUUUUUAGUAAAGAAAGAAAGAAAGAAAGAAAGAAAGAAAGAAAGA